AAAUUUAAAAAUUAAAACAUCAACCGCCAAAUUCUCCACCCUGCUUUCAGAUCCAAACAAAACAAAGCCUGGUACUUUUAUUUCCACUUUCUCUUCUCCCAAACACCCAAAAUAGGUGAAAUAUAUAAUUGAAAGAUGCACGGAAGAAAGGCGUAAGAGCUGGUGAAAGAGUUUGCCGAUGGUGAAAAAGGGCAUCGCAAGAUUUUCAAUGUAAGGCUCUUGGCUUGCUCAUUUUAUUUUGUUGAAAUAGUUUUAAUUGCACAUUUAAAAUGCUUCAGGGUUGAACGAACAAAGUUGAAUAGAAAAUUGCAGCUAAAAGAAGAGAGCCCCCUUUUCCCUUUACUAAUUUCACGACCAUCUCGUCUCUCCCUUCACUUCCUCCCGCUCUAUUUUUAUCUUUUAUUUUAUGUUUCUCAGUGAAGCAUACUUUCAAACAGUUUACAUUCUUUAAUAGUUUCAAUGUCACUCAUUCUAGAUCCAGCCCUUUGAUAAAAAAACAGAAGAACCCAAAUCCAAUUUCUCUGGACUCUUGAGAAUUUAAAGCACGAGCAAAAGAAAAAUGGGUGGUUUAAGAGAGUUGAAGGGUACCAUUUUCUCAAGUAAAGCUCCGGCAAUGGCCAGAAUCACCGGCGCCGCCGCUGAUGGAAUCUCUGUUACCAGAUUCCCCAUCCACCGGAAUCUUCUCUUAACUACUCACGUUAACCUCCCUUCCGUAGCUGCUGCUGAGAGCUCCGAGAUCCGGCUCCAAAAUGGCGUUGCUGCCACUCUCGUACCUCAAGUGUGUUUAACACUUGAAUGUUUCCUAUAUAGUAAUUGGGAUACUGAAAGUGACCAGGAGUUCGAAGGAUACCAAACCGGGAAUUUAGAACCUUUAGGCUCUGGACAUAUUGGCAUCACCCUGGAUGAUACAAUCAAGGCAUGUGAAAGAUUCCAACGCCUUGGAGUAGAGUUCAGCAAAAAACAAUUAUGUAUAUCACAUGGAGAUUAUUUAAGACUAGAGCAUGCAAAUAUUUUCUAAAAGUGCUUUUGUUCAUGCCUAGUUUAUCAAUCUCAUUUGUACGGUAUGCAUUCAUCAAGGAUCCCAAUGUUUUCGGAAGAA